AUGAGUUGUGUUGAUACCGGGCGGUCUGUGCAGUUUCAGGACCCGAAGCGUUUGAAGGCUCUGUUUACACGUUUGGAUGUUAACAAAGAUGGAAAAAUAUGUAGCUCCGAUAUCAUGCGAGUGCUGGAGGAAUUACACGGGGCGAACAAGCCACAUAUGUCCGGAAUAGCCGAGAGCUUUCUAAUGCGGUGCGGAGGCUCGAGCAGUGGUUACGUUACGUUCCCGGAGUUCGUAGAUUAUGUGUUAGAACAUGACAAGCGUUUAAUUACUGCCUUCGACGUACUGGACCAAAGCAAGAGUGGUCGUUUAACGGCAGAUGACAUCCGCGAAACUUUCAAACAGUUUGGAAUGCCAGUUACUGCAGACGAAGCUGAACGCCUUUUGAAACGCGUAGACCAAGCGGGCAAUCUCAAUAUUGAUUAUGGGGAAUGGAGGGAGUUUCUGCUGUUUCAUCCUGCUGAGGACGUUGCUAAAAUUCUGGAAUAUUGGAGGCAUGAUAGUGUGAGUUUGCAUAUGCUUUAA